CGACGGAUGUGCAGGUCACCUGACCGUCACAUGAUCUGCGACGGAAGUGCUGGUCAGCCGACCGUCACGUAAUCUGCAGCCGAUAGCUAGUCAUUUUGGGAACCGCUUGUUUGUCGCCUUUGCCAUCUUCGUUUUUGCGCGAUGGCCGGCCGCGGGAAGCUGAUCGCCGUGAUCGGCGACGAAGACACUUGCACCGGAUUUCUCCUCGGCGGCAUCGGCGAACUCAACAAGAACCGAAAACCGAAUUUCUUGGUGGUGGAGAAAGACACGAGCAUCACGGAGAUCGAGGAGACCUUCAAGGGCUUCCUGGCUCGCAACGACAUCGGCAUCAUCCUCAUCAACCAGUUCAUCGCCGAAAUGAUUCGCCACGCCAUCGACGCCCACAUGCAGUCCAUCCCGGCCGUGCUGGAGAUCCCGUCCAAGGAGCAUCCCUACGACGCUUCCAAAGACUCCAUCCUUCGGAGGGCCAAGGGCAUGUUCUCGGCCGAUGACUUCCGAUAAAAUAUAACCGACCCUGCGACGCUCCCAUAUUUGGUCCUUCUGGUCCCCGGAGCUAAAGUGUGCUCGUUUCGUCAUGUGUUGUGUUAUAAAUGACCACGAUAAAGUCUGAUCAAAAUGGUGA